AUGGGGAACGAACACUCCAACCUGGACGACGUCCUGUCUGAGGACAUGCACCACUGGUACAACAAGUUCAUGAGGGAGUCUCCCUCCGGCCUCAUCACGCUGUUCGAGCUGAAGGCCAUCCUCAACCUGCGGGGCAUCAACGAGAAUGCCAACAGCUAUGUGGAGCAGGUCUUCUGCACCUUCGACAUGGACGGGGACGGGUACAUCGACUUUGUGGAGUACAUUGCAGCCGUCAGUCUGCUACUGAAGGGAGAGAUCAACCAGAAACUGAAGUGGUACUUUAAACUGUUUGACCAGGAUGGAAACGGGAAGAUCGACAAGGAUGAGCUGGAGACCAUCUUCACGGCCAUCCAGGACAUCACAAGGAACAGAGACAUUGACCCCGAGGAGAUCGUCGCGCUCAUUUUCCAGAGGAUUGACGUGAAGGGUGAAGGUGAGUUGACGCUGGAGGAGUUCAUCGAUGGAGCCAAAGAGCACCCGGACAUCAUGGACAUGCUGAAAAACCUGAUGGACCUGACGCCGGUUCUGGAGAUCAUUGUAGAGGGUCGACAGCAGGCUGUCAAAGACGGGCCGGAACCCACAAACAGCAACAGCAUAUAACCUUGGUUCAGCAAACAUCAGACUCUUCGUGGGCUGUGAUUGGCUGCUCACUGGCUCCGCCCCCUCCA